AUGGUGAGGUCACAGCUGCCUGGUUGUGUCAUCGAAGUGCAUGACAAAAAAGGAGGAGGCUGGCCAGGAAAGGAAAUGCUUUUGUUUAUCCACAAACAUCUAGAUAAGCAGAAGUUGGGUGCAUUCUCCGAAGUUGUUUUGGCUGAAGAGAGAGCAAGUGGGAAACUCUUUGCAGUCAAGUGCAUUCCCAAGAAGGCACUGAAGGGAAAGGAAAGCAGCAUAGAGAAUGAAAUUGCAGUGCUCAGAAAGAUCAAGCAUGAAAACAUAGUUGCCCUGGAAGACAUCUAUGAGAGCCCGAACCAUUUAUAUCUGGUCAUGCAGUUGUAAGUACUGAACCUAAUGUAUUUUUUGUGUCAAAAUUGCCACCUCUUCUUGUUCUGGUUUUGUUCUUUAACCCAAAAGAUGGGGUACCUGAGAGGUAUUUGUCUAGUGUGCUACAGACUGCAAAAUCCCUGGUGGGUGGUUAAAAAUGAAUCUCCAGUUGUAACGGGCUGAGUUGUUC